AUGAACCAGAGCAGCACACUCAAAGCGGUAUUUUUUUUUCCCUACGCCAUCAAAUAUAAAGCGGCCAGUUUCUUCAUCGUACCCAGCAAACGCCUGUACAGAUUAACCCGAUUCCGGAGAGCUCUUGUGUAUAAAUCUAAUCUCUACAACAAACUGCCGGCUCCUUGUGAGCAAGGCCAUGCCUCCUCCUUCUCUCAGGUCAUUCAUAUCCCUCCAGGUUGCAUCAUCCUGAGAGUAACUUCAUGGGCCCUUGAAGCUCCCAUCAGCCAGCCAGUUCAGGUUGACCUUGACCCAUUUCCUCCAGCAGGCACCCCACCCCUGAGCCACCAUAAGGCCGCCAUUGUUCUGACGCUGCAGUCACAGUCCUCCAGCCCUGGUGGAGAGGAGGCAAGAGAUUGGAAUACCAGUGGGGGGUUUCUGAGCAUCGAUCCCACGGGCCCAGCCUGGGAGAGCACCUUCACGCCAAGGAAUGCAAGUGACCAGCCCUUUCUGCAAACCCCCAACGUGCAGACCGUGAUCAUGGCCUCGCUGAGCCUCACAUUUGCCCUAGGUGGGCUGGCAGGAAACAUGAUCGUGCUCUGGUUCCUGGGCUUCCGCAUGCGGAGGAACGCCUUCUCCGUCUACAUCCUCAACCUGGCAGGAGCCGACUUCCUCUACCUCUUCUUCCAGACGGUAUAUUCCCUGGAGCAACUCGUCACCUUCCACUCCACGCCCCUCAAGAUCCCCAGCUUCUUCACCACCGUGUGGACCUUCGCCUACAUCGCGAGCCUGAGCAUUCUCAGUGCCAUUAGCCUGGAGCGCUGCCUGUCGGCCCUGUGUCCCAUCUGGUACCGCUGCCACCGCCCAAAACACACGUCAGCUGUGAUGUGCGCCCUGCUCUGGGCCCUGUCUCUGCUGCUCAGCAUCCUGGAGGGGCUGUACUGUGGCUUCCUGUUUCUGGAUUUGGACCAUGGUUGGUGUCGGGCAUUUGACUUCAUCACCGCCACCUGGCUCAUCUUCUUAUUUGUGCUUCUCUCUGGCUCCAGCCUGGCCCUGCUGACCAGACUGCUGUGCGGCUCCCAGCGGGUGCCACUGACCAGGCUGUACAUGACCGUGGUCCUUACGGUACUGGCCUUCCUCCUCUGCGGCCUGCCCUUUGGCAUUCACUGGUUCCUCUUAUUUUGGAUUCAGACGAGGUCUCAUGUCAUCCUCCAGCAUCUUUAUCUGGUUGCGCUUGUCCUGUCCUGUGUCAACAGCUGUGCCAACCCCAUCAUUUACUUCUUCGUUGGCUCCUUUAGACAGCGGUGGCCACGGCGACAGAAGACCCUCAAGAUGGUCCUCCAGCGGGCUCUGCAGGACGUAACCGGAGGGGAUGACAGUGAAGUCAGCAGCCCUCAGGAACAUCUGGAGAUGUCGGGAAACAGUCUGGUAUUCUGA